CAACUAUGUGGAGCAGGCGGUUAUAUAAUAGGGAAUGUGCUACACCUGCUGCUGCCGCCAGCAGUUUGUGGUCAUACUGGUCUGCCUGCUGUACAUCCUGCUCGUGCUCAUCUUCUUCAUAAAUGUCUUUCUCGCUGAUCGCAAUAUGAUGCGAGCGGGCAACCCGAUGAUGCAUGGUGGUGGUGGCGGCGGUGUUGGGGGUGCGGGUGGCAUGCCGGGCAUGCAUCCGGGGCACCAUAAUCCGUACGAAAUGCACGGCUAUCAUCACUACAACAAUUAUCAUCCGCAAAUGGAUUCCAAGCAGCAGCAGCAACCAACACGCAAAACUCCCAAUCAACAGCAGGCGGAACAGGAUAUUUACUACUAUUUCAAUCAUGUAUUCAGGCGGCGAUGAAUUACAUACACAUUAUAUAUAUAUAAAUACAUACCCAUACACAUAUAUAAAGAUUAUAUAUAGAUAGAGUAUAUAUAUAUAAAUUAAAAAAAAAGUCAGCAGGCCAAUAUGUAAAAACGAAAAAAAGAUUUGUUAAUUUUAAAAAAACAAUGUGAAAUUGAAAGAAUGAAAACCAGAUAUCACAUUUAUAAGAAUUUCCAUAUUACAACUACACAACAAUAAUAAUAUUAAUAAACAAGCCACAACAACAAAAACAACACAUCAAGAAAUAAUAAAAAUUUUGUAAUUUUACAAUUGAACCAACAAAAAAAAAAACAAAAUACGACCAAGGUAAAAACCCAGCCAAAAUUUGCAUUUAUCUACAAGCUACGCAUGAAGCGUAAUGCAGGCCGUAAAUUUAGAAAUAUUUAUUGAACUUUAUAUACAUACAACUAAUCAGUUAAUAUACAUACAUAUUCAUAUACGGAUAUGCCAGCUAACUAAUCGGGUUACACAUAUAUACAUACAUACUUAAAUAUGCUCUAGCUAAAUCAAGUUUUAACAAUAUAUGCAGAUUCGAUCGAAACCAGCAGCAAUAGCUUCUAAUACAAUUAGAGUCUAGUAUUUUGUAAGAGAUAAAGCAGUGAAAAUCCAGCAAAAUGUUCAGAACGGCGGCUAUAUGGAUAUAUACAUAAAUGCAGUUAGACAAUUAAUUGUUUUGACUAAGAAAAAAUAUAGUUUUUUUUUAUUCUUAGAAAAAAGAAACAUUAAAAUCCAUUGAUUUUAAAUAGAAAACAAAUAUGUGAAUUUUUUCUAUCGUUAAAACAAUUUCUUGAAUAACUAUAUAUAUAUAUGGUUAAACUUGUGCUUUUUAAAAGCUUUUGCGGAUGUUGAAUGCAAUUUCCCUACAAUUUUGUCAAUUUACCUAAAGAAAAGAAAAUUUAACUUGUUGUUGCAAAUGCAGUUACAGUUAACUCUUUAAUUUUUUUCUUUUUGUUUAGUUCAUAAAAUAAAUAUACUUAGGGUACAUUUAGGAAUAUAUUUGAAUUGUUUUCGUUUCUAAUUAAUCUAGUGUUGAAAUUGUUUCGUUUUCACAAGAAUCCUUGAAGUGCCUUUAAUUUGCUAAACGUGUUUUUAGAUAAACCAUUUAAUAGGCUUAUCGACCAAUAAUUAAUAUACAAAUACACAUAUACAUACUUAUAGUUAUAAAUAUUAAUAAAUGCUAUUACUAACAAGAAUUGAAACGAAUUUGAAGCAAGCCUAAAAUAAACUCAAUACAGCGUAAUGAAUUGUGUACGGAAGUUGUAUUUGUAUUUAAAUAACUUACAAUAUAUGUUAUUAAGCAUACACACCCACAUACGCAUAAAAAUGCAAACAUUUUGCAAUAAUUAACUAUAUAAAAUACUAUGAAUAAUCAAACACAAAAGCGUCAUUUGCUAUUGUAUUAUGACAUAUGCCUAAAUAUAAACAAUUAAUUAAUUAAAGUAAUACCAUUAACUACAACAACCAUAACUCUAACUAAUACUAUAAAGUGAGUGAAGCAAUGCCAAAGGCUUCGUAUUCAAAUGUGUUACAAAUAAAAUGCAAAAUUACAAAAUAAAAUGAAAAUGUGCACUGUAA